UAAAAUAAGAAUUCAGAAACUAUAAACCGGCUCUCUUCUAGCUUACGACACAAACUAUGAGUGAGAAAAGGACAAAUGAUUCGCUCUUUGCUUCAUUUUUUCCGAGGUUGUCACAACAUGAAAUGUCAUUUGGACCUAUUGGACUCAUUUUAACUCGGCCAAAUACAUAGUAACAUACAUAAGAAGAUUUUACUUAUAUUUACCGAACUAUUUGACACGGUCGCGUCAACUGUGUUUACGAGUGUCUUGUGUUCAGAUUGUUUUAAGUGAUAAUUUAACAAUAUUUUUCCAAAUAAAUGGAAAGAAACUUUUAUUUAUAUCAAAUAAUUGAGUGUCUCGACUGUGUGACAUUAUGUCUUGUAUGGUAUGGGGCUGCAGCUCACAUUCAGGAAGAAAAGAAAAUAGCCAACAACUUCUGUCGUUUCAUCGAUAUUAAAUCCAAAAGUGUCGACUGGAUUUACAUGAAAAGUCAGUUCAAGAAGACGAGAUGAAAAAUUUAAAAGAAAAGCUGAACAAGUCCCGCCUCAAGAUCAAACGACUUAAUGAAAAAAAAAAAACAAUGUGACAGGGUGUCACAAAGACAGUUUCUAAGCAAAUUGACACUGUUUAGAAAUUAAUAAAUUUGUAUUUAUUGUAAAUAUAAUGUACAUAAUUAAUAACGUGUGAAAUAAAUACUUGCUAAUGAAAAUGAACAGAUUUACGAUCUAAUUUAUAUUUCAUUUUACCUCCUGUUCUUAUUUACUCCUACUCCAACACUCCAGGUUGAUACGAACUGCGCCCAAUAAAGAAUGUAAUGAAUGUUAUAGAUUUGUGUAAGCGACUUAGAUAAAUCUUGACUAAACCUUCCUUUACAAAUACAAAUAUACUUUAUUGCACACAACAUACAAUACUUACAAGUUUUACACGAAAGAUACAGUACACCACCUACCUACCUUUUACUUUCCCUUUCUGUUCUCUUAUGAAUACUUGUAUGCCGUAUUUUUUAAAGUAUAAUGCUAUAUCUAGUAGGUACGAGUAUGGUAAUCCUAGUAUUGAAACAGCUUGUAGCCCUAGUAAAGACCGCCAUUUUAUGUUUACAGAGUGGCACGUUUUUUCUGUAGGUAUUUCCAGUCCAUACUCUUUUCUAUGUCUAUGGCGUGACCCCAUCGGGCCUCUUACCGUCUGUGCGGCUUAGACCCGGCGGCGGCGGUUCCAAUUUGCACGGCACGUCGAUCGACACCAGUGCACGGCGGAUGACAUCAUAAAUAAAUUCGAAUAUUACAAAAUACUUACCGAUGAAACGAUAACAGUUGGCUAUUUUCUUUCCUUCCUGAAUGUGAGCUGCAGCUCCAAACUAAUAUAAACCAGACAAUAUAAUCCAAAAAUGGUUAGAUACUUACCUAUCAGAGACAGAGUCUCCUUUCAUCAAGAAGAAGAUAAUUGCAUCCUACAAAAAGAAAUCUUGUAAAAAAAAUUUAUCGACAUUAAUUGUAAGUAAAUUUAAUUUUAUCGACAUAUUACUAAAGUGAAACCCAACACUAGGCAAUGAAAAACUUGUGACAACCUACGAAAUUACGAAACAAUUUUUGUAUAUGCGUCUUUGUCUAACAUUACGCCGGUUCCGUAAGAUAAAGUAGAGCAGAAUUAUAGAGUUCUGUUGCUAUUUUAGCCUUCCUUCUAUGCUUUAGUUAUUGUUCUGAGGUUGCCCCUUUAUUUUAAACCGAUAAUUCGUGUCGCUAACAACAUUUUUUUACAAACAAGCUAAUAAAACUACUUAUUUUGUACAAACAAGUCAAUAAAAUGAAAUUGAUUAAUGACUUUGUAAAUAAGAACGCAUAGGUAACUAAGAUAGUAUGUGGAUAUAGAUACCGUGUGCGGCGCUGGUGUUGCUGUUGGGAUCAUACCUGCUGCUCGGGUACCUGACGCAGCUGGUGGAGGAUGAGAUGCCCGAAGUCGUGCAUGAGAGAGAUGUCGAUAUUGAUGACUCAAAAACCUUCAGUGAAGAAGCAGCCCUUCGUUACUUGGACCUGACGACAGGUGACGGCCCCCGCGUGGCUGGCACCGCGUACCACCUAAACAAGACAAGAGACCUCAAGGAGCUGCUGGACGCUAUCGCGCUGCAAGGACGGCUGCCCGUCUGGACCGACUGGCAGACUGCUGAUGGUGACUACUGGCUCAAUCGUAAUCCACCUAACGUGAACGUAUAUCGCAAUGUAUCCAACGUCAUCGCGUUGCUGGAGGGAGAGAGUGGAGUGCACGCCAAUGGCAGCCUCGGGUCGACCCUGCUGGUCAACUGUCACUACGACUCCGUGCCUUAUGCUAUGGGUACAUCAGAUGACAUGAUCUUCUGUGCUGUCAUGAUCGAGACUCUAAGCAGGCUCUCACAACGACGACAGAAGUUGAGACACAACGUCAUAUUUUUGUUCAAUGGCGCUGAGGAGAAUUCACUGCAGGGUAGUCACGCGUUUCUACAACAUCCCUGGUCACGCUCCAUCAUAGCUGUGAUCAACCUGGAAGCGUCCGGCAUGAAUGGAAAGCCCAACAUCUUUCAAGCAUCCGACCCCCGCCUGCUAGCAGCGUACGAGCGCGUGGUGACGCGUCCCAGCGGUCAGAGCAUCGGGCAGUUUCUGUUCCUCACUGGGAUCAUACCCUCCGACACCGAUUUUCGGAUCUGGAGGGACUUCGGUAACUAUAGGGGAAUAGACAUAGCGUUCGUGAAGUGGGGCAAUUUGUACCACACUCGGUACGACAGCCCCAAGUAUUUGAUGCCGGGAGUGGUACAGAACGCUGGUACCAUGCUGCUUAACCUGGUCACCGAGGUCGCUGAUAUGGAGGAGUUGAGUGAACCGCACGAAGCAGUCCCAUCAGUGUACUACGACUAUCUCUAUCUCUUCUUCGUGACGUAUUCGUUGCCGGCGGCCCAGGCCGUUGACGUCAUCGUCGCUCUGCUUGGAGUCGUCAGUGUCCUGUACUACGUGCAGUUGGUCGGACUUAAAUGGUCAUCAGUUCAAGAGCUGCUGGUGUCAGUGGCUGGUCGUCUCAUCAGCAUGAUAGCUGGUAUAGUGGUCACCGCUGUAUUGGUAGCCAUUAGCGUCGCUACCACCACGCAACUCAGGUACCUGUCGCAGCCGUGGAUCGUGGUCCCGAUGUACUGGAUGCCGUAUGUGAUCACUGCCGUCUGCGUGUCGCAGCUGUUCGACGCCUGGAGGACUAAGAAGUGCGACUUAAACCGCCGACUGCGCUCUCUCCAAGCUCAAGCGGCCACCCGGCUGCUCCUGUCGGCAGUGCUGCUGGUGCUGUGCUGCGUGCCCGCUGUGACCACCAUGCGGUACAUGUUCACCGUGCCGCUGCUUAUCAUGUCCGUCAUGUCGCUCGUCUCGCUCACACUCGUCAGACGCAUUAACAUGACAGCGUGGCAGCAUCUGUUGAUGGAGGCGUCGUUCUCGUUGCCGUCCUGCAUGUUCCUGUUGUCUCUCUGCCUGAAGUUUACAGCUCUGAUGCAGCCCAUAAUGAGCCGUUCACAUGGAGACACGCCGGACUAUACCAUCGCUGCUUUGAACGUUGGCGGAGCAGCACUUGUUAGCUGCACUGCGUCGGGCAUAGAGCUGCUGUUCUCCCGCAAGCGGCUGUGGGCGGUGGCGGGGCCGCUGGCGGCUGUCUGCGUCAUCAUCAUGUUUAUCCCCUUCAGCCCCUACCAGGACGAGGGGCCCUCCACGCAGAGGCACUACUGGUUUCACACGGAGAUAAUAACUUACAACUACGCCGGCGAGGUAACCGACCGCUCGUCCGGAGUGCUGGUGACCAAGCACGACGCGUACAGCACGCGGACCGUGCUCUCCGAGCUGCGGAGCCGCGGGGCCGAGCUCGUGGCCAGGACCGACUUCGACAGUGACUGCCAGCGACACGUUUUGUGUAAUCUGCCCCUGUUUAGGCCGAGAUUUGCGCCAUAUCUAAGGGAAAGCCUGUUGCUCGAGACAGGUCCGCCUGCGCCCUUCACUCCGGAGGCGUCAGUGCGACUCAUAUCUAAGAACUGUACCGGGGAAUUAUGCACCUUUAACUUCACUAUGACAGGGCCGCCCCACAACACGCUGACCCUCUGGCCGCUGCCACAAGUGACCCUGACUUCAUGGAGUUUCGCAGCUCCGCCGCUACCCUCCUUGGAGCACGGCGGCCGGCCUGUCUACAUGCUCAUACAUUCCACAGCGACAUGGUCUGAACACGACCAACCGCUCAACUUUACUGUUAACUUUAUUGUUCCCCUCUCGCAGCAGGCGGCGCCUGUGGUGCAGCUCACCCAGCACGCUCACAAGAUCUUCCAUCCCGAAGACUACACGCCCGAAUACCGCAGCUUAGUCGACGCCGCGCCAGCCUACUUUAAUAUCGCUAGUUUUAUGAGUUUUAGGUUUAAUUAUGUCUUCUAAUAUAACCCUGUAGUGGGAUUGUGCUUUGCUUAAGGUUAGUCGCGUGUUCUAAGGAAUUUGUCUCGUGAAUUAUUUUCAUACGUAUACGGUUACGAGCAUUAAUAUGUACUUAUACACUUUGGUACCAUGUCACAUUAACUUUUUUGACAAAUUGAACUGAAGUCUCACUAAAUGUCAAAUAUGUUAGUGCGACAGAGUCCUAAACUGGGUACAUUAUAUUGCUCAUCACUGUACUUAUGUAAUGAAAUUGAGCUGUCAUCCAAGUCGGGACUUAUAUUUACUUAAUUUGACAGCACUCGAAAUAAGUUCCAUCUUUUUCUUGCGCGUAUUGCAUGUGAAGGACGGCGCGAAUUUGAGAGCUGUCAAACGAAUAUUUGGUUAAGUUAGUGCCCGCUCGAAUAGGCACCAUUGUUUAUUUAUAUUGCGUAAGUCUUACUAAAUGCAAAGAUUAUACUGCAGUCUAGCCUCGCGACUCCUCGGACAAUCCAUAUAAAAAUCUUUAUCUUCAUUUAUUCUUAGAGUGCCUUGCCACAUAAGUGCAAGUGAGACAAACAGUCCGCGCGCUCCUUCUUACUCUGCUGUACACGGCCAUUUAAGACUAAAGUGAGAUCCAGAGGGGGUGAGGCCGACACCCGAGACGAAUUGGUGCGGAGAGUUACCGCUCUAUUCGUAUUUUUAUUCGUUAUUCUAUGUAGAUAUAACUCUACAAAUAGCAAUGUAUAGAGCCUCCACUUGUCUGUGUGCAGGGUUGAACCACAUCUGCCAGUACCUACGGGCUUAGCACCGUAAGCACGCGACUCUUUCUCGUCCCUCUCUCACAGUACCGCACAGAAAGAGACAGACGAUCUCUGUUGCGGCGAGAUAGAGUCGCGUGCUUACGGUGCUGAUCACACUUUCCUAUUACUUCUAUCGUUUUAUGGGACUCAGAACUAUUGAUGGCCGAUUUAAAACAAUUUAAACCAAUCCGUUUAAAACGAAAAAAAAACCUUUAAAACUGAAACCAACAAUUUUUUCGGUUUCAAACUGCUGCUGUUGAUGACUAUGUUUUUCUUAAGUAUAAUUGCUUACAUUUUCUUGAUUUUACCGAGGUAGGGGUAUGACGGAGUACCUAUAAACUGGGUGAAUUGCAAAAGCGAAAAAAAAACUUGUCUUGGCUGAGAACGGUAGUGCAAAGUUCUGCUAAAUGAUUUUGAAUAUUUUUUCUGGGUAAAGUAAGUAGUCGUCUACCUUGGCAAAAAAAAUCAUUCAGUUUCAGCAACUGUAACACGCUGAAAAAAUUUUUUAAAGUGUCAUUUUAUCAUUUCGGUAGCUUGUCCGUAACCUAUUUUCGCUUAUAAAAUGUCUUGCUCUACAAUUAUUUUCUAUUAUUGGUAUUUAAAUUGAUAGAAUUUCGUUAAAUUAUUAAAUAAUCUAACAACAAAAACUAUUUCUGUCUGUUUACCUUCCUUCUCAUACAUUUGACAGGCAGUUAAAUUUUGUCCGAAAAAAAGUUAUCAUUUCAGAGGACAGUAAGUUUUGGUAGUCUAACUCCGUCAACAUUGCGUCUAUGACGCCUCCUUACCUGUCGAGACCUCGCAUUGGUUCGGCUCGACCGCUAGACGUGAACAUACCCGUCACAGCAUGUAAUGGUUUCCCGCCAAAAAAAGAAAUUUAUCAUUUCGGUGGUAGGGGGACAAAAAAAAAUCAGUAAAAAAUCAUUUCGGUAGCCGUUAUAACUCGUGUUACAUUAGUUCAAUUUAUUUCAUAUUGAUGUGUUAAAUCGGCUGCAAGUACUGUUUUGUUUGAGAAGUGUCGAUUUUUCGAUAGUUAUUCAAAUUCACAGUUUAUACAAAAAUAACCUGUUUUUUAUCAUCUCGGUGUUAUCAUUCCGGUGGAUUCGGUGGACUGAAAUGCCAAUAACAGUCCAUGGGAAUGAUAAGUAACACUGAAAUGAUAAAACCGUUAAGUUUUAGAGAUCCGUGUGUUAAAUUUUAGUUCAGAAUUAGGUAUUGUUUUAAGGGCCUUUUGAACAGUUCUGUGGGGCUAUUUUAUUUUUCCUCGAGCUGAUCUCAUGGUUUUCCAAAACCAUUUUGGGUGAUUGGAAAACGUCAUAUAACCUUCUAUCAAACUCCUCUUUCUGCUUUUCUCGGAAACCUUGAAUACCCAGACUUAUCCAUUCUUUGGAUCCUGGUGGACACUGGCCUGGAUAAAGUAGUUUACACCAGUGUCUACCGAUCGCACAGCGGUAACUCUUGAGACAACCAGGUUAUUCACCUACCUCAGUAGGACAGUGGAGUUGGCACGGCGGAGGUAUCUCUCAGCGCAACUUGUUCUUCUCCGGGACUCCAACGCCCACCAGCAAGAGUGGUUGUUCCCAUUCCAGAAGACCAACCAUGCAGGCAAAGAGGCGCAGGCUUUUGCCAUGUGUGGCAAAAUCUCUCACAUCUGGUGAAUUGCGUUACAAAGGUACCUGACGUUGCUAACUAUACCGCCAACUGCUUGGACCUUUAGCUGAUAACUGAUCCGGACCGAUAUCAAUCUCUAUCAGUGACUUCCCCCUUGGGAACAUCCGACCAAUGUCUGGUGAGAUAUGUGUCUGUCUAUUCCCCACCUGAUUCUAGCCCCAGAGGAUCGAGGCAAAUAUGGUGACACACGUUAGCAGAUUGGGAUGAGAUGCGGCACUUCUUCGCAUGCUAUCCUUGGCGUGAGGUUUGCUUUUCUUCAGAAGACUCGACGAGCUGCGGAGAUGCCAUAUUAGUUGUCAGGCAAUGGAAUACUCUAUCCCAUUUUCUGACAUAUCAUCUGACGAUAAGGCUCGCUCAUGGUACAUCGCGGAGUAUGCUAGUGCAGAAGCUUUAAUCAAUCCGCAUACCGGAUGUGGGCUGAAGUUAGCUUCUAACAUGAGGGCUCUGAAAAAUUCCCUGAAUACCGCUGCAAAGUCUUGCAAGAAGACAAUGCGCAGGGCACUUUUCGACCAUAUUGGCCAAAUUGAUGCCAAACUGACUGAGCUGGUAGUAAAACCUUUUAGCCGUUAGCCAAAUCGGUCGAAGCAAACAUCUGCCGUCUAAAAAUGCUUCGCACUCUAGAUGUGAAUAAGGUCAGUAUUCUUGAUGAUAUCCCAGCAAAAGUACUGCGGAACUGUGCACCUGAAUAGUCUCCUACUGACACGCCUCUACCUGCUCUCUCUGGGUUCAGGACAAUUCCCGAAACCAUGGAACCUUGCCAAUGUACAGUGUAUGCCCAAAAAAGGCACUCGUACCAACCCUGCUAACUACCGCCCCAUCUCGGUAACCUCCAUUGUUUGUAAAACAAUGGAGCUAAUCCUGAACAACCGCCUCCUGGCGUACCUUGAAGCCAACAAUUUACUCAGAGAUAGGUCAACUGAUGUUCUUCUUGUGUAUGCUACACGCUUAUGGAGUGAGGCAAUCUAGAAUCAAGGCGAGGGUCUUGUUGUGUCCCUUGAUAUAUAUCAGGAUCCCUUCUAGCCUAUGUAAUUGGAUAGAUAGGGAUAGAUUGAUUCGGGUAGUAGUUGAUGGGUGCUUGUCUGAUCUACAUGCUAUUAAUGCCGGAGUCCCUCAGGGAUCUGUUCUCUCCGCCACGCUCUUUCUAUCAAUGAUCUGCUGAUUAUGCCCGGUAUCUUUAGGCACGCAGACGAUAGCACAGUGACGGAGAGAUACAUGUCCAAUGCACGCGUAAUCACCAGAGAUGAUAGUGCCCUUAGAGAGGAUCUUGUGAAUCGUGUGAAACUGCCCCUUAAGUCCGUCUCAGACUGGGGUGACAACAAGUAGGUUGGACUCAACGCUUCCAAUACCCAGGCGUGUCUGUUCACCGCAAAACGGAGUCCCUUCCUCCUGACUGGGACUUUCCGAGUGAAUUGCCAACCAUCUCGAGCUCUUGGGUAUGGAUAUAACUUCCAACUCGUUAUAAUCUAGGAGACUUCAAGACUAGGGUGAAUAGGCAUUUGCUAGGUAAGUGCGAUCCACCCUAGACCACAUCGUCAUUUACCAUGAGGUGAGAUUGUGGUUUUACGUGAACCUAUAUAAUUUAAAAAAAAUUGUAGGUAAGUAAUAAAGAAGCAAUGACAAUAGUCACAAAAAAGACAUAUUGACAACAAGCAUCAUCCCCCUAGCAUUAUCCCUGAGCAUGUGACAAUCAUUUCUGAUCUAAACAUUCGCGACCUCAAAGUGAGAGGCAAGCGUUCUACCAACUAGGCUACCACGGCUCCACAUAUUGACAACAACUAAAUGCAUUUUUUAUUGCACGAUGAAAGAAACGAACAACAAUCUAUUACUAUUAGUAAAUAGUAUUAAGCUAUUUUUUAUUUAACAAGUAUUGAACUAUUAAUGUAUAAAUCGAUCUCCACCAACCCGCAGUGGAGCAGCGUGAUGGAGUAUGCUCCAUAACCCCCCCCCCCCCCCCCGGUUUAUUGAGAGUAGGCCUGUGCCCAGCAGUGGGACGUAUAUAGGCUAUUUAUGUAUAAAUCGAACUUCACAUUGUACGGAACCCUAGCUAAGCAGCACAAUUUUUCUUGACUGUAUCAUUUCGGUGGGUUAAAUUCAUUUCAGUGGACUCAUUAUCAUUUCAGUGUACAUUUAUAUCAUUUCGGUGUACAUUUAUAUCAUUUCAGUGGGUACUUAUCAUUUCAGUGGACUCAUAAAAAUUCAAUUUUAAAUAUCUCAGUAAGUUUCGAUCGUAUUUGAUGCCCACUCACGCACAUAAUUUAAAAUAGGUUAAAGUUUUAUUUGUCGUCAAAUAUGUGAAGAAAAGUAUUGAAAUAAAAAAUCUCACCGAAAUGAUAAAAAAAUGAGACUUGUUGAAAUUCACCCAACUGUGUAAAUAUUUUUUUGAAUGUGUAAAUACUGUUAUUUAUAAUAAUUAAGUUAGCGUGUUUAUUUAGUUCUAGUUGGUUCGUGUCGUGGGUAGGUACUUUCUUUUGAUAUUCUAUAAACUAAUUAAAACGAAACAUGGCGUCAGGUGACCAAAAAUUGCCCAUUAUGAAGUUUAAAACACAGUUCUUUUAUUGUUGUAGGCGAGUUUUCAACAGUUUAAAACGAUUUGAUUGAGGUUUAAAACGCCAAAAUUUUGUUUAAAACGUUUUAAAUCGGUUGUUUUACAUCUGUGGCGGACCAACUAGUUGGCCGCCUAGUUCCGCCCACAUGAAACAGAUGGCGCCACAUUCAAUAAUGCAGUCUUCAAGCAGUCGUGAAACGCGAUAUCGAAGUUUACACAGCAAGACGCAUAUACUUAUACAACUUCCAACGUAACACCGUUGGAUCGUCGAUCCCUAAUCACACUACCAUCUCGUGACUAGCGGGGUACUAUGCUCAUUUCGGUAUCUCGAAAACAUCCUUUGGCCGCAGCACACCCUCGCCGCCAAACAUCUAUACUCAGAUCCGUCAUUUGUUAGAGCGAGAGCGACAAGGCCAUAGCGUGCAUACACGCGCUAGUGCGCGCACGCACGUUUUCGGACGCUCUCGAAUCGGGUGUUAGUGACACCGUUCCGAAUACUGAGGGGGAUGUCACGAAGAAGUGCCAUCUAGCGCAUAUUUUAAGAACCAAUUAGUUCGCUUCGUUCUUUCUAUUUUAUGUCAUAACAUAACAUAAAUAGCCUAUAUACGUCCCACUGCUGGGCACAGGCCUCCCCUCAAUCAACCGAAGGGGGUAUGGAGCAUACUCCACCACGCUGUUCCACUGCGGGUUGGUGGACUAUUUUAUGUCAAUGACGAGUUAUUUGAAAAUGUAAAGUAUUAACGAGAAAAUCUAACAGAUGUCGCUAUUAACCAACGCUAUAAUAAAAAAGAAUAUAAAGAUGAAGGGACGACGAAUAUGAUAUAGCGUGCUGCCAGAUGUGAUUAACUGGCGAUGGAGCUGGGUUGAGAGCCUUCACCUGUUACCUAUAAUUUACGCAGUUUUAGACUUUAAAAAGGACUGAAAUAAGGAAAAAGAAAAUAAAAGUCAAAAAGUA